AUGGAUGUUCCUGGCGGGGGAGCUGGGAGCCCUGUUGUGGUGGAGGUGCCGGGCGGCUCCAUCCCCACUGGACAAACGGGAUCCGUGGAUGCGGGUUUCCACAUCAAGGGGCCCCGGCUGGAUGGGAAGGGCCCCGGUUCCGGCGCGGGUGCCCAAGGGGAGCUGCCGGGGGGGACCUUCUCACACGGUGCUGCUGCCCCUUGUCUUCAAGGAGGGAUCCAAGCUCCCGGAGCGGCCGUUUCCUCCCCAGCAAUGGAAACCCCAGCGCUGGAUGUGGGGAAAAUCCAGAUUCCCACGUUGAAAAUACCCAAAUUCGGGUUCUCGGGUGGCUCCGAUGCUCCGGUGCCACCAGCUCCGUGCAUGGACGUCCCCUCCUCCUCCAUCCGAGUCACAGGACCUGAAAUUCCAGCUCUUCCCAUUGAAGUCCCAUCACCGCGGGGGGACGUGGGGCUGAAGGGAGCAGUGAAGGGCCCCGGCGUGGAGCUCCCGGCAUCCAACGUGGACAUUCCCGGUGGCAAAGGGAAGCUCCAGAUGCCAAACGUGCCCCUUCCAAGAGGGCCGGAAGGUCCCGAGGUGGAUGUUGGGGCUCCCGACGUGACCAUCAAAGGGGAAUGGAAAGGCCCCAAGUUCAAGAAGGUUGAAACACCCCAAAUCUCCCUGUCGGAUGUGAACCUGCAGCUGAAAGGCCCCCAGGCAAAGGGAGAUGUUGGUGUCACCGUGCCCAGGGUGGAAGGAGAAGCCAAAGGACUCGGCUCUAAGGGUCUCGGGAUGGACGUGAAGGCUCCUGGUGUUGAGUUUGGAAGCCCAGAGGCUCUCCUGAAAGGAGCCGGUGUAUCCGCACCAGACACGAGCAUCCGUGUGAAGGGCCCUCAGCUCAAAGGAGAAGUGGAUGUUUCUGUCCCAAAGGUGGGCGCUGACCUGAAGGGACCCCAGCUUGACAUCAGCGGCCCCAAGCUGGGAAUGGACAUUCCAGAUGUCAAUGUUAAAGGCCCCAAGGUGAAGAUGCCCGAGGUGCACGUGAAGACCCCCCAGAUCUCUGUGCCCGACGUCGACCUGAACCUGAAAGGUCCCAAAGUGAAGGGAGACCUCGAUGUUUCUGCCCCCAAACUGGAAGGGGAGCUGAAAGCCCCCGGGCUCGACAUCAAAGCCCCCAAGGUGGACAUUGAAGCACCAGACGUGGACAUUCACGGUCCUGAAGGCAAACUGAAGAUGCCCAAGCUGAAGAUGCCCAAGUUUGGGGUGAAAGGAGAGGUCCCCGAUGUGGCCGUGACCCUUCCCAAGGGCGAGGUGGACAUCUCUGGCCCCAGGGUGGAUAUUGAUGUGCCCAGUGUGGACAUCAAAGGGCCAGAAGGAAAACUGAAGGGCCCCGAGGUGAAGAUGCCCGAGAUGCACAUCACGGCUCCAAAGGUCUCGGUGCCUGAUGUUGACCUGAACCUGAAGGGCCCCAAGCUGGCGGGUGGUGUGGACAUCUCCAUCCCCACAGUAGGAGCUGAUCUGAAGGGUCCAGAACUAGAGCUCAAAGGCCCCAAGGUGGACAUUGAAACACCAGACGUGGACAUUCACGGUCCUGAAGGCAAACUGAAGAUGCCCAAGCUGAAAAUGCCCAAGUUUGGGGUGAAGGGAGAGGUCCCCGACGUUGAUGUGACGCUCCCAAAGGGCAAAGUGGACAUCUCUGCUCCUGGCGUUGAUAUUGAUGUGCCCAGUGUGGACAUCAAAGGGCCAGAAGGAAAACUGAAGGGCCCCAAGGUGAAGAUGCCCGAUGUGAGCUUCAAGACCCCCCAGAUCUCCAUGCCUGACAUCGACCUGAACCUGAAGGGUCCCAAAGUGAAGGGAGACCUCGAUGUUUCUGCCCCCAAACUGGAAGGGGAGCUGAAAGCCCCCGGGCUCGACAUCAAAGCCCCCAGGGUGGACAUUGAAGCACCAGACGUGGACGUUCACGGUCCUGAAGGCAAACUGAAGAUGCCCAAGCUGAAGAUGCCCAAGUUUGGGGUGAAAGGAGAGGUCCCCGAUGUGGCCAUGACCCUUCCCAAGGGCGAGGUGGACAUCUCUGGCCCCAGGGUGGAUAUUGAUGUGCCCAGUGUGGACAUCAAAGGGCCAGAAGGAAAACUGAAGGGCCCCGAGGUGAAGAUGCCCGAGAUGCACAUCACGGCUCCAAAGGUCUCGGUGCCUGAAGGAAAAGGUCUCAAAGUGAAUAUCCAGACCCCCAAGCUGUCCACGCCAGACAUAGAUCUCGGGUUGAAGGGCCCCAAAAUAGACGUGGAAGGUCCCAAAGUGGAUGUUGAGAUGCCCGAGGUGGACUUGGAAUGUCCAGAAGGGAAAAUAAAAGGCCCCAAAUUCAAGAUGCCCAAACUCAAUAUCAAGGCACCGAAGAUAUCGAUGCCUGAUGUGGAUGUGAACCUGAAGGGGCAUAAAGUGAAGGGAGAGGUGGACGUUGCUCUUCCAAAGGUAGAAGGUGACUUGAAGGAACCUGGAGUUAACAUCAAGGGGCCAAAAGUAGAUGUGGAGGUGCCAGAUGUCAACCUGGAGUGUCCAGAAGCCAAACUGAAGAUGCCCAAAAUGAAACUGCCUCAAUUCCAUGUCUCUGGUCCAAAGGUUGAGGCACCCGACGUAGACAUCAACCUGCCAAAGGGAGAGCUGGAGGUCUCGGGGCCAGAGGCUGAUGUUGAAGGGCCAGAGCUGGAUGUUGGAGGAGCAGAAGGUAAAUGGAAAGGCCCCAAGUUCAGGAUGCCAAAGCUGAAUAUCAAGACCCCCAAAAUCUCCAUGCCCGAUGUGGAUCUGAACCUGAAGGGACCGAAAGUGAAAGGAGAGAUGGAUGUUGCAGCUCCGAAGUUAGAAGGUGACUUGAAAGGCCCAGAAAUAGACAUUAGGGGGCCAAAACUAGAUGUGGAGGUGCCUGACAUAGAUCUGGAGUGUCCGGAGGGGAACCUGAAGGGCCCCAAGUUCAAGAUGCCCGAGAUGCACAUCAAGGCCCCCAAGUUCUCCAUGCCCGACGUUGACCUGAACCUGAAGGGGCCCACCAUGAAAGGGGAUGUUGAAAUCUCAGCUCCCAAGCUCGAGGGUGACCUGAAGGGUCCCAAUGUGGACAUCAAGGGUCCCAAAGUGGACAUUGAAGGUCCCGAUGUCAACAUUCAAGGCCCAGAAGGAAAGUUCAAGAUGCCCAAGUUCAAGAUGCCCAAGUUCGGGAUGCCGGGAUUCAAAGCAGAAGGUCCAGAAGUUGAUGUGAACUUGCCAAAAGGAGAUAUUGAUGUUUCUGCUCCAAAGGUAGAUAUUGAGAUGCCAAGUGUGGACAUUGAAGGUCCCGAGGGGAAGCUGAAAGGUCCCAAGUUCAAGAUGCCCGAGAUGCACAUCAAGGCUCCCAAGAUCUCCAUGCCCGACAUUGACCUGAACCUGAAGGGCCCCAAAGUGAAGGGAGAUGUGGACGUGUCUCUCCCCAAAGUAGAAGGUGACCUAAAGGGCCCCGAAAUUGAUAUCAAAGGUCCCAAAGUUGAUGUUGACCUUCCCGACAUUGAGCUGGAAGGUCCCGAGGGGAAGCUGAAGGGCCCCAAGUUCAAGAUGCCCGAGAUGCACAUCAAGGCCCCCAAGUUCUCCAUGCCCGACGUUGACUUCAACCUGAAGGGCCCCAAAGUGAAGGGAGAUGUGGACGUGUCUCUCCCCAAGCUUGAGGGUGAACUGAAGGCUCCUGAGGUUGACAUGAAAGGCCCCAAAGUGGACAUUGAAG